CUGCUGUCUGGAGGGCUGGCCUCACCGUAAUGACUGGAGUCAGGUAACCACCGGACACACCGACUCUUUCCCCCUCACAGACGGGUUCAGACACGAAGAGCGGCGGUGAGCGCGACUUUUAGCCUCGAGUUUGCGUCGUUUUUCCCUAGUUUGGUGACUUUGUCUCAGGAACUUACUGAAAGAGCUGUGUACGUUUGAUAAACUUAGCAACGUGUCGUUCAUGCGCCGAGUGGGGCGGUUGAGAGCUCAGCUAGGAGAGGAGGCUACUCAGGUGUUCAUCUGCGCGAGGAAGUUUUCGUCGCAGUUUACUCUUUUUUUGCAAUAGUAAUUUCUUGAGCUAAAGGCGGGUGUGUGCUUUCAUAUUUGUCGUGUUUUCAGUUUCGACACCUUUUUUUUCUGGGGGUCAUUUUUCAUUUUCGGUUCAGUGGGACAUAAAACAGCCAAGUGGACACCGUUUAACAGGAGCCAAGAUGGAUGAGACGGAGAAGUACAAACAGCGGCUGGAGGCAAUUGCAGAGAAGCGCCGGCUGCAGGAGGAGCAGGACAAAGCCAGGAGAGAGAUGGAGGAUGAGAGGCUCAGACUGCAGCAGCUCAAGAGAAAGUCUCUGAGGGACCAGUGGCUCAUGGAGGGAGCGCCUUUGUCCCCAACCUCCCCUGACGGCCAGCAGAGUCCCCGCUCCCCACUGUGGGGUUUCCAGCCCCAGGAGGUUGAAAAACACCAAGAAAAGUUGGAGUCAGAGAGUCAGCAAUUGGCAGAGGAGGAGGAGGAGGAGAAGCUGAAGGAGCAGAUGGAGGACGGCCAAUCUGAAGCAGUGAAGAAAGAUGAGGCCACACCAGAAAUGAUUCAAGAUGCUGUUUUGCAGAAUGGUGACAAUAAUUCAACAGGACUGGGGACAGAAGAAAAUAAAGAAAAAACAGACAAAAGCCAACAACAGGCUGAAACGGUAGCUGUCCUAACCAAUGGACAGGCAGAACCUGAAGCAACCACCAAUCACAACACUUUGGAGGAGGGCAACCAGCCCAUCACAAAUGGACCAGUUACAGAAUCUGAGGAUGUUAUUAAUACAAAACAGGAUUCAACGUUGAAUCUAGGUGAGGCUGCGAAUGUCAACACUGAAGAGGAGGAUGAAGAGGAAGGCACUGUGGUGAUGAGAGCAGAAUGCGUGAUCAUAACAGAUGAAGGCGAUGAUGUGCCUGAGGAUCUUUCACCCCAGGAAGAUCAGCAGGAGACUAUCGAGUCAGAGGAAAGCCCUCUAAAGCCAAGUCCAGAGGCAGGAGAGGAGGGAGGAGAAGCUGUUAAAGAGGAGGAAGAGGAAGAGUUAGUUAUAGAGGCAGCUUCAGAAACUUUGACACGGCCAGAGCAGAGUGAGGCAACUGCAGAGGCACAGCAACACAGUGAAGAUAGAGGCACAAAAGAAACAGAGGGACAGGACAAUCAAGCAGAAGAUCCAGCCUCUGUGCAGCUGCAGUGCACCACCGAUGCUCUAGAGGGCACCGCAGUGGCUCCGGUGCCGGUCUACUCAGAGGUGCAAGCGUCCACCCUCACCCCAAAGCUGGAGGCAGAGGGUGAAGAGUUAACAGAGGGAGCUGAAGCGGUGUCUCAGGAUCAGGAUCAAGACUCUGCCUCCCAGCCUGGCCAGUUCCAGGAGGUUUCCCUAGCCGAUCCCCAGGAAAGCUCAAGGACAGAGGCAGGGCCUGGGGAGCAGGAACCUCUUCUGUCACAGGCCAAAGCUCCCAACACCCAGACAGAGCCGGCAGCAGCAAACAGCCCAGACAGCUCAGACACAAAUGUCCCAACCAGGAAUGCACAGGGAGAGGAGAUCCAGGCUCCGAAACGCAAAACCUGCCAGUGCUGCUCGGUCAUGUGAACACCCCGUCUGUGCCUUCAUCACCUCUCCUCCUCUUCUUCAGUCUGCCUUCAUCCCUCCAUCUGUCUCCCUGCUUUUGUAUUCAACACACGUAUUCCCUCUCUUUGUUUGAUAUCCCCAUAUUUUUUUAACUGAAUACCUCUAAGGGCUUCUUUACUUCUAUUGUACUAACUUUGAAACUUCCUCAACCUGCUCCUAAGUUUUCUGAAGGAUGGACCAGACUUGUUAAGUGCCUUGAGGGUCUCUCUAUCCAGGACUACUCUUUAAGACUCUUAUCUCUACAUUGAAGACCAAAGUAUAAAGUGUUUAUUUUAACAAUUGAGUUUGAUUUAGUUUUUCAACACACAUCAAAAAACAGCUAAAAAUAUUCUUUUAAACAGUUUUAUCUACCUGUAUAAUUCAGUGUGUUAUUUUUAUUCUUCCUAGUGGAUUUAACAGAAAAACCCAAAGAUCUGGAGAGGUUUAGGGAGGAGAUUGUUCUUAUUUAAUGAAUUAUAUUUUGAUUUUUAUCUUUCAUUAGAGAUAUUUUAAUCCAAGUUGAGCAUUUUUAUUCACUCUGAAAUACAAUACACAGACUGAGCAUAUGCAAUGGUCAUAUCUUUUAAAGCAGUGUGCACAACUGAUGAUUUUCAGGCUUUUAUAGAUGGAGAUUAUUUGAAUAUACCUGAAAGUGUGACCUUUGUAUUCUUAUCAGACGAUCUUCUGAAGAGUGGCUCCAAAGCUGUGAGACAUAGCUCUGUUUGUAUGGAUGCAUGUACUGUAUGCAGGGAAAAGGGGGAUCCAGAGUGUCUGCAAUGUCAGCUUUGAAAUGAUUGAUGAAUGGUUGAAUGAUUAAACUGACAGUUCUGA